UCAUCCCUGGUGGGGGCGUAUCAGCACUUGGGGUGCUACCCACGGAUAUAUAUGCCGAUGAAGUUACUUCCACCAUCAGUCACUGUCUUGACUUACCUCAGCACUGCGGUGUGUUUUAUACCUACGGAUCGGUUGGAUUCGCCCACUCCUUGAGGGUGCUUGCGCCAGCAAAAAUGCGGCUACGCUUGCUCUGGAUCGCUUUGCUGGCUGUUACAGCUCAGGCUGACGAGGGAUAUAAUUAUCCUAGACCGGCAAAUCCGCUUAUACCAGGUACUUCGGGAGGAGAAGCCGGCACAAGACCAGGCUAUCCAUCUGGUCCAGGUACACCUGGAGGUCCGGUAGGACCAGGAGCUCCUGGUGGACAACCUGGUGGAAGGCCAAGUGGUCCAGGUUAUCCAUCAGGACCAACAGGAUUUCCAGGACGUCCAGGUGCUCAACCAGGAGGACAACAGCCUAGCUUUCCGGGUCAAGGACCUUCCAAUGGAUAUCCUAGGGAACGACCAUCAAUUCCGUUUCCGGGCGGUGAACCAACGGGAAGACCAGCAGCGGGUCCUGGUGCACCAAGUGGACCAAGUGGACGACCAGAGGGGUUUCCAACAGGACCGAGCGGUGGAUACCCUAGUGGUAGACCUGGUGGACAAGCCCCAGGUGGGUUUCCAGGUGGACAAAGACCUGGAUACCCGAAUGGUGGACCCAGUCAAGGAAAACCGGAAGGUCCUGGAUAUCCUAGUGGUCGACCGAAUGGACAAGGGCCAAGCGGAGGUUAUCCCGGCGGACAAGCUCCUGGCGGUUAUCCCGGUGGGGCACAGAAGCCAAGUGGUCCGGGAACUCAAUAUCCUAGUGGAGGGCCAGGAGCUGGCUAUCCUGGAGGUACUCAAAGACCUGGUGGUGGUCCAGGUCCUCAGGGACCAGGAGGAUACCCGGGAGCAGGACCUGGAGGUCCUGGAGGUCAGCAAGGCCCAAGUGGACCAUCUACCAACGGCUAUCCUAGUACUAGACCAGGAACACAAAGACCAGGAGGCUACCCGAGUGGUCCAGGCCCGCAAGGACCAGAAGGAUAUCCAAGCGGACCAGGAGCACAACGACCAGGAGGUUAUCCGAGUGGCCCACAAGGACCAGGAGGAGUUCCAGGUAGACCAGGAACGCAAGGACCAGGAGGAUUCCCAGGUGGACCAGGCCCGCAAGGACCGGGAGGAUUUCCAGGUGGAUCAGGCCCGCAAGGGACGGGAGGAUUCCCAGGUGGACCAGGCCCGCAAGGACCAGGAGGAUUCCCAGGUGGACCAGGCCCGCAAGGGCCGGGAGGAUUUCCAAGUGGACCAGGCCAGCAAAGGCCGGGAGGAUUCCCAGGUACUGGUCAUCCAGUAGGUCCUGGCGGACCUGGAGAAUACACGCAUGAAGAUGAUGGAUCAUAUGACGAAGGUGAUUAUUCAGCUAUUCCUGGCGAACCUGGUACCGAUUAUCCUAUAUAUAGUGAAAUUCCGGAGACCAGUUUCCGCUGCGAUGCCCAACAAUUCCCUGGUUAUUAUGCUGACGUGGAAGCCCAGUGCCAAGUUUUUCACAUAUGUGCCAACAAUAAGACUUACGAUUUCCUUUGUCCAAACGGAACAAUUUUCCAUCAACAAUUUUUCGUUUGUGUAUGGUGGAAUCAAUUCGACUGUAACUCUGCACCAAGCCUUUAUUAUUUAAAUGAAAAUCUUUAUGACUAUACUAUAAUGGGAGCACCAGCUCAAGGACCUUCAGGACCUGCGGGACCUGGUACUUAUCCAGGAGGUCCAGGAGGUCCAGGCGGUCCUGGUGGCCCAAGUGGUCCAAGUUAUCCAGGAGGUCCACAACGUCCUGGUGGUCCAGGAGGGCCUCAAGGCCCGUCAGGACCAAGUGGUUAUCCAGGAGGACCUCAAGGUCCAUCAGGCCCUCAAGGUCCGUCAGGGCCACUAGGUCCAUCAGGCCCUCAAGGUCCCUCAGGACCUCAAGGUCCGUCAGGACCAAACGGUUAUCCAGGGAGACCUUCAGGUCCAUCAGGACCGAGUAGUUAUCCGGGUGGUCCUCAAGGACCAAUGGGUCCAAGUGGUCCAAACGGCUUUCCUGGACGACCAGGAGGAGUUCCAUCCGGUCCGGGACCACAAGGUCCAUCUGGGCGACCUGGACCUGGAUAUUUAAAUCCGCCGGCAGGACCGUCCGGACCUACUUAUCCAGGAGGUCCAGGUGCUCCUAGUGGCCCUAGUGGUCCAAGUUAUCCAGGAGGUCCGCAACGUCCUGGUGGUCCAGGACCUCAAGGACCAAGCGGUCCAGGAUAUCCUGGAAGACCUCAAGGACCAUCUGGCCCUUCUGGACCGUCGACGAGACCUCAAGGACCUAGUCCAGGUUAUCCUAGUGGACCAUCUCCAGGAUUUCCAGGACAACCUCAGGGACCCACUGGUCCGCAGGGUCCAAGCGGCUUCCCGGGUACACCGGGUGGUCGUCCGCAAGGCCCUGGUGGCCCAGGUGGAUAUCCCAGUGGUAGACCAAGCGGCCCAUCGUUUCCAAGUGGACCUUCUGGACCAGGAGGUAUUCCUGGGAAACCUGGGGAGAUGGGUUCGCCGUUCCCGCCGCAAGGUCCUGCGAAGCCAGAUCGUGAGUACUUGCCUCCGCGGGUUGGAUAAAUAUGAAGCUAAACUUUCAAUCGGCAUCUAAUGAUGAUUCCCACCAUUGUUAAUGCCGAAUGACACGUGUAAAUACGAGCCUCUAUUGCGUAAUCUAAGUGAUAUUGAUUAUUCGUAUUGCAUUCCCUUUAUGUAUAAGAAAUUUGAUUACUCUGCUUUACAGUUACCAUCCUUUACUCAUCCUUUCUGGGGUUUCCACGUUUGUAAUUGAUGCAGUUUACAUUGUCGCUUGUAUGUAUUUUUGAUUAG